AAGACCAAAGUACCCCUCUGGAUGUGGAAAACUUGGAUUGGCAGAGUUUGGUCGCCAAUUCCAAAAUGUUCAAUUUUGUUCGCAAAUAAACUUUCUUUCUUUCUUUUUUUUUUUUUUGUCAAGGAAGAAGAAAAAGGAGAGGGAGAGUUGUAAAAUGGAGGAAGAAGCAGGAAGUAACAGAAUAGUAACAUAUUAUACAACACUGCUAGCUCUCCUCCUUAUCUUGAUCUUCCACUUUGCUUCUAAGAAGUUUAAGACUUCUCCUCCUCCUCCUCCUCCUCCUCCUUCCGCUCCCCAUCCUUCUCCGACCUCUCUCCAAUUCCGAAUAUCAGAGCUUGUAUCAGACGAUGAUUUAAAAUUUUUAAUUCAAAAACUGGAUCUCAAUGACAAUGACAAUGAAAAAUGGGAAACCAUCAUUCAUAAAUCCAACAAUCAUCUCUCCUACUCAGCUUCAUCCUUCAAACCUCAGGGUGCUCCCGUCAAAUACUUGAGUGUCACGGUUUUUGAAAAUUGCUCCCUAGAGGUUCUUAGGGAUUUCUACAUGGACAAUGACUAUAGAUUGCAGUGGGAUAAGACCUUGCUCCAACACCACCAGCUCCAAGUUGAUCGUACUGAUGGUACUGAAAUUGGCCUCACCAUCAAAAAAUUCCCACUCUUGACCCCUAGAGAAUACGUACUUGCUUGGAGAUUAUGGCAGGGAAAUGAUCAAACCUUCUAUUGCUUUAUUAAGGAAUGUGAGCAUCCUUUAGCACCACGACAUAAAAAGUAUGUACGAGUGGGUUUCUUUAGAUCUUGUUGGAGAAUCAGGAAAGUACCUGGUAGAAAUGCCUGUGAGAUAAAAAUGUAUCACCAAGAGGAUGCUGGUUUAAAUGUGGAGAUGGCAAAGUUGGCUUUUGCUAGGGGCAUAUGGAGUUAUGUAUGUAAGAUGGAUAAUGCUCUGCGCAAGUACAAUGCAAUAAGUCGUCCGCAUAUUGGUCCAGCUGUUACUGCUGUGUCUCUGAUCCAGAAGGUUCCACCAGGUUUAGAAACAAUAAAUCACAUUGUGGAUACUCCGGCUACUCCUGCACGGAUUCCCAUGGAUGGAUUAGUCACUGAUGAAACCAGAGAGAAGAAGUUUCGUAGAAGGCCAUCAAGGAAAGUCUUAGCAAAUGGUUUGCUACUUCUUGGGGGUGUCAUCUGCCUGUCCCGUGGACAUUCUAGCCUAGGUGCUAAAGUUGCUAUGGCGUACAUUUUGACAAAGCUGAGAAAACAGGAUGCUUCCUCAGGCCAAAGCAGAGAAAGCUAAGGUACAGGAUCACAUUGCACCACCAAGAGCGAUACUGAUACGGCUUAACGUAUUAACAUUUACUACGUUACGAAUAAGCAUAGUUUUAGCGUGGAAACUGACUUUUUGCCCAUUUGUGAAGUUUGGUUCUCUCUGUCUCUCACUGUGUACAUAUAGGGAAGGAAACAAUUUCUUUUUUAAGCUGUAAGUAGUUGGAUGCAUUGCGUUAUAUUUGUACAGGUAAUUAAGUUUCUUAAUGACUUUUGUCCCACUUCGAAUGGUUCAGACUUGGUACUCUGUCAUGCGGCCAUAAUCAUUUAAUGAAUCUGGCUCGAGAGAACAUUGAGAGUCGAUUAUGGGAAAAUUUUCAAGUUGGUAUUUCUUUGUUAUUGAUGUAGCAGCAAUUAUAUGUCCAAAAUAGAAAAAUGAAUGUUGUUGAUA